CGCGUCUCGCCUUCCUCCGCCGUAGCGGUCCCCGAAGUCCCUUGUCCAGGAGCGCGACAACAUGUGAAGAGAAGAAUCGGCCCUCCCCAGCAGGAUGCCGAGCCUCAGUCUCGUGGCGCUGCUGAUCCUCGGCCUCGCAACCGCAGGUUGCCAAGGAUACAAGCCACUUAUACAUCCUGAUGUACCCCAGUUGAUAAUAAAUGAAGGAGAAGAAUUAAAAAUAACAUGUACGAGUAUCGAUGACAUUAAUAUUUUUUAUCCCGAGGAUGACGAAAUUGCUAAUAUUUCAACAUCCGAGCACGAAAUAUCUCCGGAAGAUCAAAUUGGUAACAGUGUAAAGCUAAAAUUUCGGCGUCGUAAAACGGUUUUUGGUGACACUGGAUGGUACGGUUGUGCAAAUACAAAAGCACAUAUUACAAAUAAAGAUUAUAAUGAUCCAAAUGCCAGUUGGAUAUACGUUUACAUCAAAUCUAAUGAAAGUGCAUUUGUCCAAGCUGGAGAAAUGCAUUUUAUCGUUGGAGUUGUUGGAGACACGAUUACAUUGCCAUGUCGUCCAACUUCGCCAGAACUACACGUUGAUCUCUUAUUGAAUGAUAAAAUUGUCGAAAUUGACGAAAAUCUCUCCUUUGAUCCCAAAGUCGGUUUCACGAUGAGAAAUCUAUCCACAAAAGAUACUGGUUACUUUAUUUGUCAAAUAGAACAAGAUGAGUAUUCGGCACAAAUUUUGUUCUUCGUUAAAUUAAUUCAAAAAGCCACUUUGAAAAGCCCUGUAAUAUUGCAAGAUGGUUUACAGCAUGUGACCAAGGGUUCAAGUUUACAUGUUAAAUGUACGGUUAAUAUUGGAACGGAUAAUAAUUACAUUUUUUACUGGACAACGCCUCGAAAUUCGACGUCUAGAAAAAUUUUACCACCGGUGAGAAAAUUAAUAGAAGCUAAUACUCUGUUGGUAACUUCUGAGCUUGUUGAAGAUGAUGUGACAUAUGACGACGAGGGUGAAUACGUUUGCCAAGUAAAAUCAUUAACAGACGUAAAAAAUACGAGUAUUUACAUUCAUAUCUAUGAUCCUAGCGUUAAAUAUAUUAAUUUGACAUCUCACGAUGACAACAGACACUACGUGAUAAAUGCUUUUAAACCGGUAAUAUUUUCUGCUUAUGUUAAUGGAUAUCCAACACCAACACUUACAUGGUUAAACCCACAGGGAGAUGUUAUCGAUACAUCUAAUAGAAUUACCAUUGAAAGCACUAAUUCAUCGAUUACUUUAAAAAUUAAAAGUGUUCAAAUUGAGGACAUGGGUACUUAUAUUCUCCAAGCGGUCAAUGAUGCAAAAAUAGAACAUUUAAACUUUACUUUGGAAGUUCUAGCCAAGCCCUGGGCGAUGCUAGGUCCUGUUAAAUCCUAUUACGGAUUAAAUGAAAGAGCAAUAUUUUUUUGCAAAAUCGUUGGUAAUCCAAUAUCAAACAUAUCAUGGUUCUAUUCAAAAUGUCCAAAUUUACCAUUUAUUGGCGAUUGUCAAACAGUAGAACUCAAAGACUUUAUUAUGUUAGAUCAAACUUCCAUGAGUGUAGAAUCGAAUGUUGAAAUAACCAUAGAAAUGUCCGGUAGAAUCAAUUGCACAGCGUGUAAUAAAUUUGGAUGUGACUCGGUGGAACAAGAUAUUCUAGUCUCAGAUGGAGUAACCGAUGCAGCAUUUGGAAUUAUAGAACCAGAUGAAAAAUUAACUGUAGGAGAUGAUGUUGUUAUAGUAUGCGCAGCUUCCGUUUAUAAUUUUUCAAACGUCGAAUGGUUGAAUAAACAUCAAGAACCAUUGCAAAAUUCAGAAAGAAUGCAAGUCACGUUUGAGGAAACGGAUUUCACUCAUCGAACCAUUCUUACGAUUAAAAAUCUACAAAAAUCAGAUGAAACAGAGUAUUAUUGUAAAGCGUUAACUCCGGAUAAUCUUCCAGAUAGAAUUCGUUUCGAAUUUAUUAUUAAUGAUCCCGAAACUCCUUAUUUUACUAAUGUCAAUAUGAAUGGAACCGAAGUUAUCAUUUCAGCGCGAGAAUCUCACAAUACUAUCAACUUGAUUUGCCAUGCCCAGGGAAUGCCAAAACCGACAAUAACUUGGUACAAGAAUGACAAAUUGUUAGAAGAGAAUGAACAACAAUUCAUUUUUACAUCCGACAAUCAGGAAUUAAUGAUUAAAUACUUAAUGGAAAAGGAUAGCGGGAAAUAUACAUGUGUCGUGAAAAAUCGUUAUGGAGAGAUACAACAGUUUCAAAAGUUUCUAGUCAAAGGAGCCGAAGUUUCGAUGAUUUGGAUUAUAACAAUUGUGGUUCUUGUGAUCAUUCUCAUUACUCUAUUAAUUUAUUUCUGUAUAAAAAUACGACGUGAAAAGAAAAUGAGGAAACAGUUAAUAGAAGCUGGUUUGAUGCAUUUUGAAGAAGGGGCGCUCGAUUGUAUAAAUCCGGAAUUGACUGUGGACGACCAAGCAGAGCUUCUCCCGUACGAUAGAAAAUGGGAAUUUCCAAGAGAAAAAUUAAAAUUAGGCAAACAGCUGGGAAGUGGUGCUUUUGGUGUUGUCAUGAAAGCCGAAGCGCGUGGAAUACGCGCGGAUGAAUCGUUAACUACGGUAGCCGUGAAGAUGGUCCGAAGAAACGAGGAACCAGCUUAUAUUCGUGCUUUAGCCAGUGAAUUAAAAAUUAUGGUGCACCUUGGCAAGCAUUUAAAUGUCGUUAAUCUUCUUGGUGCUUGUACUAAUAAUAUUGCAAAAAGAGAAUUAUUGGUGAUCGUUGAAUACUGCCGAUAUGGAAAUUUACAUAAUUAUCUUUUACGCCACAGGGAAGAUUUUAUUAAUCAAAUCGAUCCGUAUACCGGAAAAAUUGAUCCUUCAAUUGGCAAAGAGCUGCUAUUGCGGUCAACUAGCAUAGGCAGUCACAAUAGGGUAAAAUACGCGGCAUUGUCAUUUUCCCGUAGUCUUAGCGUCACCUCGGGUAACAGUGCAUCCGGGACCGAGACCGUCAUCUACUGCACCGACACCCAGGAUAUCACAGGCCUGCCGGACACUGAGUGCAUCAAUAGCAACGGCUCCCAGCCAGGUUGGCGAUCCAAUUAUCGAGGCGAUUACAAGGACAGAAAUCUGAAGCCCACUUGCACCCAAGAUCUCCUCUCCUGGGCGUUCCAAGUCGCUCGCGGCAUGGAAUAUCUUUGCCAGAGAAAGGUACUUCAUGGUGACUUGGCCGCACGAAACAUUCUACUGGCAGAAAAUAAUGUGGUAAAGAUUUGUGACUUCGGCCUCGCGAAAACCAUGUAUAAAGAUGACAAUUAUAAGAAAAAGGGUAACGGCCCGGUGCCAAUCAAGUGGAUGGCCAUUGAAUCCAUCAGGGAUCGAGUUUUUUCAACCCAAUCCGAUAUCUGGUCUUUUGGUAUUGUUUUAUGGGAAUUUUUCACUCUCGCGGAAACUCCUUAUCCUGGUAUGCAAGCUGAGAAACAAUACCAAAAGCUCAUCGAAGGCUACCGAAUGGAACAACCCAAAUACGCUACUAAGGACAUAUAUAAUAUUAUGCUUCAAUGCUGGAAAGCUAAGCCAACCUUAAGGCCAUUAUUUACGGAAUUAGUCGAAAGCAUAGGCGAACUUUUGGAAGAAGGCGUAAAAAUGCACUACGUAGAGCUGAAUGCCCCGUACAUUGACAUGAACACCAUAGGGCAGGAAGGUAAAAGCGACUAUUUGACAAUGAUGUCAUCCCCGGACCAUUCGACACUAGCCUCCUCUCAACAUGAAUACGUUAACAAUCCAACAUUACCCACGGAUUCAGCUUAUUUAAGCAUGAACAGUGGCAGUCCUUUAGACGAGUCUGGAAUAUUCAGUCCCCGGCCAAACUCCUUGCAAGGCAAUUCACGCUUCGAGUUCCCGAGCUCACCCUCCCCAAGUCUCGCUAAUGCAGCACACUCCGAUGGCGAGGAUGCCCCUAUGCUUAAAAAGACCAAGGAAGAAUCGGAUCAGGACGAUGACAACUAUCUGAAGCCUAUCGAUGUGCACAAGAAGCGUGAGGAGUUUGUGAGGAAACGCGAGACUGAAAAGAAAAAGGAGAAAGAGCGAAGCUGCAAAACGUUAACUGACAGAGAUUCGGGAUAUUGUAAUACUCCUAAAGGCUUGGAGUUGGUAGAUAUACGUGUCGCAGCUUCUGAAAAUAAAGAUCCGAAUUGGACAGACGUGGUCGACGUUGAUGAAUCUUCCAUGAUUAUUAGGACGCAGGAUAAUUAUGUGAAUAUACCGAAACAAAAACCUGAUUUACGUAAGGACGGGCCGGACAGUUUUAUGAAUCCUAGUUAUAUUUUCGUUAAGGCCACUAAAUCUGAUCAAGAGAUACUUUAAACGUGUAUAGAUUGAAAGUGUUGUUCUUGAAGUUUAUCUUUCAAGGUAUUUAUGUGCGUGUGCUACAGUGAUAACGUAACUAAUCAGUAAGUUACGUACGUGACAAAAAUUUGUAUUUAAACAAGUUUAGGUAAAUAGGCAUUACGCUACUAUUGUAUAAAUUUUUAUAUUUGUUUCAUACUACGAAUGAUAUCAACGUAAAGCUAUCUAAACUAAAUAAACUUACAAUUGAUAAGAAUAAAUUUUAAUACAUAUUUUAAUACAUAAAAAAAAA